AUGGAGUCAGAUGGGGAGGUGGUUGGAGAUUGGAAUACUUAUUGCGUUGCAGCAGAUCGGUGCUUGAAAGCUGGGAUAAUGGAAAUGGCGAUGACAAUGCUGAAGAAACUUGAGGGACAGAUAACUGAAAAAACAAAGAGUAUUGCAUUUGAUACUCUCCUGAAGUUGUAUGCCAGAAAAGGAAAUAAAGAUGAGUUGUAUCGUAUCUGGAAAUCUGACGAGAAAAGGGAUAAAAUCUACAAUAAGGGCUAUAUGAGCAUGAUAAGCUCGCUUUUGAUGUUGGAUGAUAUUGAAGCUGCCGAGAUGAUGUUUAAGGAGUGGGAAUCCAGGGGAUUAUCCUAUUAUUUCCGAGUUCCUAACAUAUUGAUUAAUGCAUAUUGCAGGAAUAAUCUUUUAGAGAAGGCUGGAUCCCUUAUAGAUCAUGCGAUGAUGAAAGGGAGUGAACCUUCAGCUGAUGCAUGGUAUUCUCUGGCAAGUGGGUAUCUUGAGGUUAAUCAAAUCCCCAUGGCUAAGGAAGCUAUGAAGAAAGCAAUCUUGGUGUGUCCGGGAUGGAAACCCAUCAAGGAAACUUUAGCUUCCUGUUUGGAUCAUUUGGAAGGGAAGGGAGAUCAGAACAAAGCUGAAGAGUUCAUAGAAUUACUGAGAACUGAGAAUGUUUUCUCUCCAGUUGCUCACAACAGAUUGCGGACGUAUAUUAAGGGUCUCAAAUCACAAUCUGAUGGGCUUCUGAUAGCAGGUAGCUUCAAAGCUGACACCAUGCAAUCCUCUGGUAUGAUUCUGGUGAGUGGUGGAGGAACCGUGUUAGCGGGGACAAUCCGAUGGCCUCUGAGGCUGCUUCUGGAGUUCUGCCGUGAUGUGGACGAUGCAUGGGAGGACUGGAGUAAGGGGUCGGCUUAUUUUGCAGUGCUAGAGUUUGGAAAUGGGCCAAAGGCCCGCCAUUGGUCUCUCUCUGCAUUUCCUUUCGCCUUCUUUUAUGCAGAAUUAGAGAAGAAGAUGAGUGACCAUGAUUUUGGAUACUGA